AGACCAAAAAACAGUAAAAAGAAAAAAAAAAAACGAAGGAGAAAAGAAAAUAUUUAAAGCUUGGCGAACGGAAAACUGAAAAGACGCCAAGAAAGGACUGUUGAAAACGACCACCUCGGAGUAUCACAUUGAAAACGACCACCUCGGAGUUCCAUUUUCCAUCAAUCAUCCUCUUUGCCUCUCGGCUUUGCUUCCUUCAUACCCCGGCUGCUCGUUUGCCUGCAAAAAGGAGCUCCAGGUGUAAGCCUGUUGAAGAUUUGCAUCCAUGGCCACGCUCAAUGACAUUGCGGUCGCAGCGGCCAUCAAUAUCCUUAGCGCUUUUGCCUUCUUCGUUGCAUUCGCUAUUCUUCGAAUACAGCCUGUUAACGACCGCGUCUACUUCCCGAAAUGGUAUCUCAAGGGCCUGAGGUGCAGCCCUUUGCGGACGGGUGCGCUGAGCAAGUUCGUGAACUUGGACUUCAGAUCAUACCUGAAAUUCCUCAAUUGGAUGCAUGCGGCUCUGCAAAUGCCCGAACCUGAGCUGAUCGAUCACGCAGGGCUCGAUUCUGUUGUUUACUUGAGAAUUUACUUGACAGGGUUGAAGAUUUUUGUACCAAUCACAUUUCUCGCUUUUGCAAUCACGGUCCCGGUUAAUUGGACCAAUCACAUGCUGAAGCAUUCCAACUUGACUUACAGCAAUAUUGAUAAGCUCUCGAUAUCAAAUAUUCCGCUUGGAUCCCGCAGAUUCUGGACACAUUUAGUAAUGGCCUAUGUCUUCACCUUCUGGACAUGCUAUGUCUUGAAAAGGGAGUAUGAAAUUAUUGCAUCUAUGAGGCUGCAUUUUCUUGCAUCAGAGCAAAGGCGGCCGGAUCAGUUUACGGUACUGGUAAGGAAUGUGCCUCCAGACCCCGAUGAAUCAGUUGGUCAGCUCGUGGAACACUUUUUUAUGGUGAACCAUCCCGACCACUAUCUCACUUAUCAGGUUGUCUUCAAUGCAAACACACUCUCCAAGCUGAUGGAUGAGAAGAAAAAACUGCAGAAUUGGCUCGACUACUAUCAGCUUAAAUAUUCUAGAAACAAAUCUACUCGGCCCUUGAAAAAGAAGGGAACUUUUGGCCUCUGGGGGAAGAAGGUUGAUGCGAUCGAGUUGUAUACAUUGAAGAUUGAGGAAAUAUCCAGACAAAUAUUGUUGGAAAGAGAGAAAAUUAUGAGUAGCAACAACUAUAUCAUGCCUGCUGCUUUUGUCUCUUUCAAGAUGCGAUGGGGUGCCGCCGUCUGUGCUCAGACCCAACAGACGAGAAACCCAACUGUCUGGCUAACCGAGUGGGCACCAGAGCCACGCGAUAUCUACUGGACCAACUUGGCUAUCCCCUAUGUCUCGCUCUCCAUUAGGAGGCUGAUCAUUGCUGUAGCAUUCUUCUUCCUCACAUUUUUCUUCAUGAUUCCAAUCGCGCUCGUGCAAUCAUUGGCGAACAUAGAGGGAAUUGAAAAGGCUCUGCCUUUCCUAAAGCCCAUAAUUGAAAUGAAAGGGAUAAAGUCGCUGAUCCAAGGCUUCCUUCCUGGAAUAGCCUUAAAGAUCUUCCUCGUGUUUCUGCCUUCCAUUCUGAUGCUAAUGUCAAAAUUUGAAGGGUUUAUAAGCACAUCAGCACUUGAGAGGAGAUCUGCGACUCGCUAUUACUUCUUCCAAUUUAUCAAUGUAUUUCUGGGCAGUAUUAUUACGGGGACUGCAUUUCAGCAACUAGACAAUUUUAUCCACCAGUCGGCGAAUGAGAUUCCUAAGACGAUUGGUGUCUCCAUUCCUAUGAAAGCCACUUUCUUCAUCACGUACAUUAUGGUUGAUGGUUGGGCUGGAGUUGCUGCGGAAAUACUCCGACUGAAGCCACUAAUUAUGUACCACCUAAAGAAUUUCUUUCUUGUCAAGACCCAAAAGGACCGGGAAGAGGCAAUGGAUCCAGGAACUCUUGGCUUCAACACGGGCGAACCUCAAAUACAGCUCUACUUCCUACUCGGGCUCGUAUACGCCUUGGUGUCUCCAAUUCUUCUUCCCUUUAUACUAGUCUUCUUUGCCCUUGCAUAUGUUGUGUACCGUCAUCAGAUAAUAAAUGUGUACAAUCAAGAGUAUGAGAGUGCUGCAGCCUUUUGGCCCGAUGUUCAUGCUCGAAUAGUAACAGCAUUGAUCGUUUCACAGCUUCUGUUAAUGGGUUUGUUGAGCACAAAAGAAGCUGCUCAGUCUACUCCUCUGCUCAUAACUCUCCCUGUUCUGACCAUUUGGUUCCAUCUCUUCUGCAAAGGCCGUUACGAGCCCGCGUUCCGGAGAUACCCGUUACAGGAGGCAAUGAUGAAGGAUACAUUAGAGAGGGCUAGAGAACCGAACUUGAACCUGAAAGGAUUCCUUCAAUCGGCAUAUAUCCAUCCUGUGUUCAAGGCCGAGGACGAGAGCGUGAGCGACUCACCUCUGGAGGAGUCAGAGAGAACGCCUGACCUCGUCCCCACGAAACGUAGCAAACGCAGCGACUCAUUCUCUUCCUCUGCCCAUCUAAUCUCACACGGGGAAUAAUAGGCUUGGUCAAGUCACUUUGCUGUAACUGUGGGAGCAUAAUAUACAGAUUCUCACAGAGCUGAGAUGGGUGAAGCUCGCUUUGUAAAUGUUAGCAUAGGCGAAAUGACUGACGGUAUAGACUAUAGAGGACUAAAAAGUUCCUUAUUGAUCGAUUGACCUCGUAGUUUCCGGUUUUAUAUGGAAAGGAAGAGCAAA